AUGGAGAGAGUCAAGGAGCUGAUGAAGGACAACGCAGAGGCUGUUGGUCUUCGUGUCGGUAUCAGGUCGGGUGGUUGCUCUGGGUAUGAGUAUGACAUUUCUAUGGCCGAAGGUAUGAAAGAGUACGACGAAAUCGUAGAGGUCGACGAUGUCAAGGUCUUCAUCGAUGGUCAGGCCCUGCUCUACGUUCUCGGAUCAGAGCUCGACUACUUUACCGAUCGCAUCACGGCGGAGUUCCGCUUCUCGAACCCGAACGCCACCUCUACGUGUGGCUGUGGCAUCUCUCCGGAGCUCAAGUCGUGA